AUGGGCAACGUUCGCAUACAGAUGAAGUCGACGCAUUUCUGCAACCUCGCCCUGAGGGACAUCAAGGGGAACGCAGUGUCAUGUCACACCUCCAAGGCUAUGGAGACUAAAGGGCUGGUCCUACCUGGUAUGGAUGAUAACAAGUCGUUCACCGUUCAUCGAGACAUCUUCGUCGUCAAGGACGGUCAAGCGGUAGUUCAAGCAGCGCCAAAUCACCCGUAUCUGUAUAUCCUCAUGAGCCAGAACGACACUCACUUCAGCACCUCUCAACUCUUCGAUAAACAGUCCUUCCCCGUAGAGGAGGGAACCAGGCGAAAGAAUGAUACGCCCAAUUCUCGCAGGCUCAAUGCCAAUCUUACGCUUGAGGAUGAUGGUUGGGUCUAUAAAGGUUUGGUAGAUGAAGGUGGACAGAAGCUGAACAAAUGGGUCACAAGUGGAGUAGAAGGUGUCGAUCCCAAAUCGGGUCUCAACUUCACUGCCCUCGCUCAGACUGGUGUGAUCACUAACGCUUGGGUUCUCUAUCUUGACAAGGAUCACAAACAGAUUGUGAAGCUCUUGGGAAUUAACACCUUCGAGAAUGAUACAGUCUAUCUCGA